AUGCACUACACAACCUUCCUCACUUUCCUUUCCUCUGUAUCAUUCUCCGUUCCGCUCGUGUCUGCACAGCUCAUUACAGCAGACAACCACUCCUUUGGCGGUGUCAACUACCCUCUUCUGCAGUACUUCACGCCAAAACACCGAGACGAAACCAUCAAAGCAAUUGUAAAAAGCAAGGCGAGGGUCAUAAGACUCUUUAUCCGUCCAGACAGCCACCACACAGACCCGGAGCCCCAAUUGGGCGAGUUCGACAAGUCUCUGCUCGACCAGCUCGAUGAUACGCUUGCAGCUGUCCACCGCAUAUCCAAGGGCCAAACCAAGGUCAUCCUCGCACCUCACGACGCACACGCGCUUCGUGGGUCAAACGAUGUGCCGUGUGAUGCGUACUGCGAGAAGAUAGGCGGUGCUUUUCUGGACUUCUACAGCAGUGAAGAGCUGCGUGACAUCUACAAGACGCGUCUGGAGGUCUUCUUCAAGCAUUACCCGUCUAAAAACUUUGGAGGGAGGUCAUGGAGUGAGUUGUCCGAGGUUAUCAUGGGCGUCGACAUCCAAAACCAACCGUUCAGCGGUAUCUGGCCCAUUCCAUCCGGCGAGUCCUGGCUCUGCGACAUCGCCACACAUUUGAAGUUCAAGGUCGGACUGGACAGCUCCAACAUCGCCGUCAUCAGCGGCGGCGUAUCCGGACUGCAGAGUCUGGGAGGUAUCCAGAAUUUCCCCGACAGCGUGUUUGACUGUCCUGCGGUUGAUGUGAUCGGUAUCCAUGGCCGGUUCGCGCAGGAUGAGCAUGCUACCGCAGGCACUCCGUGGGCUCAGAUGUUCCUACCCGGUAACACGUUAACGGCGCGAGCCCAGGGUAAGCAGGGCAAACAGAAGUUGCUCCUUGUCGAGGAGUGGGAGUAUGUUCAUACGUCGGCCGGCAUCGAGCACAAGAAAGAAGCCAUCUUCGACCAAGGAAACGCGCUGAACUUGCGAGGCAUACCAUGGAUCUACUCCCACCUCUCUUCCAAGAAUGAAUCCACCAGCACCAUGGUCAACCCGCUCCGUCCAGAACACGCCUCCUUCACCGCCCUCACAGACGUCCUCAGCCGCGCCCACACCGCCCGCAGCAACUUCAACUGGACGUCGUACCUCCCCUCCCCCCUCUCCGCACUAAGCACCUCCACGACCCUCGCACUAAACCCCUACAUCCCCCCCACCAGCUCCUGCGUAUUCGGCUGCGCCGGCCACCUCUGCGACGGAGCGGACAGCUGCACGCCGUCGCUGCUCUGCAAGAACAGCAUCUGCGGUCCCAACAGCGAGACGCAACCGGGCCAAGCAGGAAGCACAUGCAACAGCAAAAAGCCAUGCCAAUCGCACCUGCGCUGCUCCGGAGGCGUAUGUCAAGCCUGUUCGCCGCGCGCCACGAAGCCAGACAGCCGCGGACGACGCGCGCGCGAGAACGACGCGCAGGGGUCGUGUAUCGCAGAGCACCACCUCGUGCUUCAGCACCACAGUCUCCACACAUGCCCCACUACCCCCCCGCAAACACCCCUGCAAACACAAACACAAACACCCCCAGCACUCUGCCUCGCGCCCUCGACAAAGCAGAACCCCUGCGAAUCCUCAUCCCACUGCGACGCAACAGCCCACUGUUCCUGGGGUCUCUGCACCCCCUGCCGACCAGGCGACUUGUGUCUCGGCAGCGCAUGCAGCAGCAACGCGGCGUGCAAGACGGGCUUCUGCAACGCGCACGCGCGGUGCGAUUACCCCGGGCAGAAGCAGAUUGUGUUCGGCCCGGGAGUGCGUGGGCGGUGGAAGAAUGUCAGGGUCGAUGGGGUGCCGAGUGGGCAUGAGAGAGGGCCGGCGAGGGUUAGGGAUGAGGCGAUGCGGGUGGUGAUUCCUGAGGAAGGGCCGGUGAGGACGGGGGGUGUGAGGGGGGUUUCGUGA